CUCAUUCUAGCGGGUCAAAUAACCUACUCACAGUUUUGAUUUCAAAAUUGUCUUAACUUGUGGCCUAUAUCGUUGCUGAUUGUUUCCUAUUGCUUUUCUUAUUAAAUGUGUAUGCAUUUUGUAUUCUUUCUGGAUAAUCGACCCACCUUAUCUUUUGUUCUUUUCUCCAUCUUCCUUUACUGUAUUCACCAUGCUUCCCUAGUACACAAAGUAGAUCCUGGCUAGAAACAAUCCGCUAUAUGCGUUACGUCGUAAAGCAUCCAAAGCCUUACACUUUCAACCCCUUGAUUCUAGUAGCGACUUGUAUUAAUCUUGCGUUUAUAGUCGCCUCAGAGGCAACAGUACUUAAGUACUUGCUCACGCCUGUUACUCCCAAUAGAGCAUAGGCCACCCAGAAGUAAUAUGUGUUACUUGACUGAUUGAGACUGGUCACAAGGUUGACAUCGGGUCAACAUUUGUACUGUUAUACAAAAACCUUCAAGGACGUAUACUAAGGUUUAUUGAAGCCUUGGCUAUAAGGAAAUUGAAACCCUCUUUAUGCGUUUAAAAACAAUUUUUCCUUAUACUUAACCUACCCUAGUAAUACUGAUUUAUUAUCCAGAGUGGUAAUUACAUUUUUUGUGUAGUUUAAUACUUCUUUUCUUCAUUACGGCUUACCUUUAACCCAUCAAGUUGACAUUUCAAUUUUCAUAUAAAAAUGUCUUAACAAGUAUACAUGUGAUCAGAUUGUUCGAAAAGUAUUGCGCUUACUGAUUUAUCAGCUCACUUGUUCUUUUGUUCCUUUCUCUUUCAAAUUCUCUUACAUACUGUUCCCCCCACUUCUCCAGCCUACAAGAUACCUUUAGGCUAGACGCAGACCUAUCAAAGGCUGAACGUUACAUGCAAUUAUGAAAAAUCCCCCAGCAGCUCUUUCACUUUAUCCCCUUGCAAACCCAAAAGGCGAAGGGCAUGGCUGUGAAGUAUGCUCUAAACCAGCAUGCUUACAAUGUGGGGUAUGCCGGAUCACGUAUUAUUGUGGAAUAGAGCAUCAAAAAAUUGAUUGGGUAGGAAUUCAUAAAAAGAUAUGUCUGGAUUUAAUAACAUUUCGAGAAUCUAAGGGAUUUGUAUCAAAGGACAAGCGUGAGAAGAAAAGCGAAGAACUUCAAAACAAAAAUAUCAGUCUUUUGAGUAAGUUCAAAGAAAUAAUGACUGCAAAACGUGAUGAUCGAGAGAUCAUGAGAAAUAAUAAACAAUGUCUUGGGAAACUGAAUCAAGCUGAGACUUACCUUGCACAAGCUCAGUGGAUAGUACUUAAAGCACAACAUGGAUGCACAGAUAGUAUACAAUCACAGUUACAUCGUAAACUUGGUUUGUUAUAUGCUGCUAAAGGGAAUUAUGAACUAGCAUUGGCGAGUUUGGCGAAAGAUAUAUUUUAUGCAUCCCUCGAAUAUGGCACCGAUCAUAUUUGCACGGCUGGUGGUUAUUUUCAUAUGGCUGAAGUGUUUUAUGCAAUGUAUAAAGCCAAUGGCAACAUAGGUUCUCUUGAUCAAAACUUUCCAGAAAAGUCAACUGAAUUUGUAUAUCCUUCGGUUACGCCGGAGAUUUCAGAAAUAAAUAAACAAAAUAAGUCUCACGGUUCAUUGAUUUAUGAAAGGAAAACGAAAUCAAACAACAGUCUUUCAACAAACUCAGAGUUUUGCAUUCAACCGCCUUCAUCAAAAGCUCAAGUAGUUGAAAAUUUGUAUACACGUGUAGUUAAUAUAUGGGCCAGAUACUUAAGGGAAUUAGUAGAAAGCUUGUUAUUCAAACCUGUGUUCUCUGAAGACGUUGGUGCUAUUAUGGUGGAGACUAAUCAAAAAGCUAAACAAACCCUAGAUGAUGCACAAAAAGCUGAAGCUGAAAAAAUGCUGUAUGCAAUCGAGAAAUAUCAUAAUCAGCGUAUCAGUGAAAAUGAGCUUAAUGCAAGUACUUGUAAUCCAGCCAAGCCAGAUCCAAAAGUUCAAUUGUAUUUGACUUUGUCAAUGCUAAACUAUAUUUUAGAAAGAAAGCAAGAAUCUAUACAAUAUUUAAUCAAAGCCAAAGUUGCAGCUGAAUUUAUGGUACAACAUCCAAAAAUCACUGUGAAUAUCAAAUUGAUGGAACGUGCCUUCAGUGAUAAAAUAAUUCAACAAGUUGCAUAAAAAUUAUUUCAGACAUAAUUGCUGUUCCUUCUUCUUUUCAUGCUUAAUUUUAUGGAAAGAAAUAAAAGGAUAUUUUUCUCUUCCUAUUUUUUCUACACUGCUUAAAAUCAAUAAAUAAUGUAAUUUAAACGUCAGCAAAAUUCACGAAAUAAAAUGAUACUUUGAGAUUAAGGAUAUUUGUAACUCAGGUGAAUAAUUUAGGUGAAGUUUUGUUCUCUGAGUUAGAUGGUUUGGUCGUACGGCUUUCAUUGUUCUUCUGAAGAACAUUAACACAAACUUCAGGUACAAGUGAAGUGUUUGAAUUUCUCC